GAGGUGGCGGGUUCCGCCUCGUCACGCCCACCCACGGCGGCGGCGGAGGGUGGCGAGCUCCGGGGCCGGCGAGGACGCUGCCGUCGCCUUGCCUCGCCUCCCGCUCCGACACGCUCUCGGCCGGGCCCUCCCGCCCUUCCUAGGGAGCCCGCUCGUGGGGCUCGCCAUGUUCUCUAGGAAGGGCCACGCCGAUGCCAGGAAAUCCACGCAGAAAGCUCUGGACCCCAAGCGGGACGUGCUGACCCGCCUCAAGCACCUCCGGGCGCUGCUGGAUAUUGUGGACGGAAGUGACCUGAAGCAGUUUUUUGAGAACAAUUAUUCUCAAAUUUUUUUUAUCUUCUAUGAAAACUUCAUAACACUGGAAAAUAGCCUGAAACAAAAAGGGAAUAAAUCACAAAGGGAGGAGCUGGACUCCAUUCUCUUUCUUUUUGAAAAAAUAUUGCAGCUACUGCCUGAGAGGAUUUUUUAUCGAUGGCAUUUUCGCAGUAUAGGGUCGAUUUUGAAGAAACUUUUGCACACUGGAAACUCUCUCAAGAUAAGAUGUGAAGGAAUCCGACUGUUUCUUCUCUGGCUUCAAGCACUUCAGACUAACUGUACAGAAGAGCAGAUAUUAAUAUUUGCAUGCCUUGUGCCUGGGUUUCCACCAGUUAUGUCCUCACGAGGCCCCUGUACAUUAGAUAACAUCAUUAGUCCUCCUAAUUCACCAGAUGCUAAGAUUUUUCCAGAAGAAAUUACUCCACUUUUGCCAGCUGUCUCUGGAGAGAAAAUUGCUGAAGACCAAACCUGCUAUUUUCUUCAGUUACUAUUAAAAUAUAUGGUAAUUCAGGCUGCAAGCCUGGAGUGGAAGAAUAAGGAGAACCAAGACACUGGUUUUAAGUUUCUCUUUACCUUGUUCAGAAAAUACUACCUUCCACACUUGUUUCCAUCUUUUACAAAACUAACUAACCUCUACAAACCUGUUCUCGAUAUUCCUGAUACAAGACCAAGACCAGUCUACAUUACUGCAACACGAAACAAUGAAAAUGUCUAUAGCACAAAAAUUCCAUAUAUGGCAGCUCGAGUUGUUUUUAUUAAGUGGCUUGUCACUUUCUUUCUUGAAAAGAAAUAUUUAACUGCUGUUCAGCAUACAAAAAACGGAGGAGAAAUGCUCCCUAAAAUUAUCCAGACUGUUGGUGUUGUAAACCAAGAUAAAAACCCUGAACUGGAAACCAGCGUGCCUUAUGCAAGCGAGCAAGAGAGAAGCCAUUCCAAUAGCAGCACAUUAUCUGACCGGCGGCUCAGUAAUUCAAGCCUCUGCAGCAUCGAAGAGCAGCAUCGGACCGUCUACGAGAUGGUGCAGCGGAUCCUCUUGUCCACUCGAGGAUAUGUUAACUUCGUUAACGAGGUGUUUCGGCAGGCAUUUUUGUUGCCUUCCUCUGAUAUAUCUGCAACGCGGAAAGUGGUUAAGGUGUAUCGAAAGUGGAUACUGCAAGAGAAACCCGUGUUCAUGGAGGAGCCAGACAAAAAGGAAAACAGUGAGGAUGCUGUUGUCAACUUAGAGGAUUCAUCUUCGCAGAUGGAUGGUAAACAUCUUUCCUCUGACCAUUCAGGACAUAAGCGCUCAUCCAGCUGGGGAAGAACGUACUCCUUUACCAGCGCUGUUAACAGAGGAUGUGUAUUAGAAGACGAGGACAAAAAUGUUAAAGCUGGUGCUCAAGCUGCAUUACAGGUGUUCUUGACAAACUCUGCAAAUGUUUUUUUGUUGGAACCAUGCAUUGAAGUCCCUGUUCUUCUAAAGGAGCAAGUUGAUGCUUGCAAGGCAGUUCUGAGUAUUUUUAGGCGCAUGAUAAUGGAACUAUCAAUGAAUAAAAAGACAUGGGAGCAGAUGUUACAGAUACUCCUCAGAAUAACAGAAGCAGUGAUGCAGAAGCCAAAAGAAAACCAAAUAAAGGAUAUGUUUGCUCAGAGCAUGUCAGGAUUACUUUUCCGAACCCUCAUUGUGGCUUGGAUCAGAGCAAACCUGAGUGUCUACAUUUCUCGGGAGUUGUGGGAUGAGCUGCUUAGCGUUCUGUCUUCCCUGACUGACUGGGAGGAGCUCAUAAAUGAGUGGGCCAACAUCAUGGACUCUCUGACAGCAGUGCUAGCACGAACUGUGUAUGGGGUGGAAAUGACUAACUUACCCUUGGAUAAGCUCAGUGAACAAAAAGAAAAAAAGCAGAGAGGAAAGGGUGGUGUUUUAGAGCCUCAAAAGACAGCUGUAGUGGGAAGAUCUUUUUCAUUAAGCUGGAAGAGUCACCCUGAAGUUGUGGAGCCCAUGAGAUUCAGAAGUGCUACCACCUCUGGAGCCCCAGGAGUUGAGAAGGCAAGAAAUAUUGUUCGUCAGAGAGCAACAGAAGUUGAAGAAUCUCAGCAGUCGGAAACUUUGGCAGGAACAGAAGCUACAGGCCUAUUUGUAGACCAAGAGCAGCAGCUCACUCGAAGUAGCAGCACUUCAGAUAUUGCAGAUCAAUUUCCAUCUGAUUUUUUUCAAGGCAAAAAGGCUGGGAGUUCCCAUAAUUUGACUGCUUCAGACUCCAAAUCAGUCCAGGAAAAUAAGGAAUGUAUUAAGAAGGAACGUGAAGCUGAGCAUAUCCUAGUACGAAGGAGCAGUAGUACAGCUGACUUAGAUUUGAAAGCAGACUUACAGCAAGCACAUGGAAACCACAGAGAGAGAGAAAAAAGUGAAAGUGUUAGCAGUGACACGUCCAUUGGGUAUAACAAUGAAGUAGAGAUUGCACUCAUCCCCUGGCAAGCCUCUGAAGAAGACCACGAAGUUAAUGCAUCAACAGAUGUUUGUGUGGAUCCCGAUGCACCUCGCUGGCUUCAGCUUAGUCCUUCAGAUAAUGCAAAUUUAACAGACAGCAGUGAAUUCCUUGCUGAUGACUGCAGUAUAAUUGCCAGUGGAAGCCUCAUCGGUUGGCAUCCCGAUUCUGCUUCUGUGUUGUGGAGGAGGAUCCUGGGAAUUCUUGGAGAUGUGAACAAUAUACAGUCGCCUAAAAUUCAUGCAAAAGUUUUUGGGUAUCUCUAUGAGCUGUGGUAUAAACUUGCAAAGAUAAGGGAUAACCUUGCUAUAAGCGUGGAUAAUCAGUCUACUCCCUCUCCUCCUGUCUUAAUUCCUCCUCUCAGAAUAUUUGCAUCAUGGUUGUUCAAGGCAACCACCCUCCCAAAUGAGUAUAAAGAAGGCAAACUUCAGGCAUACAGGCUGAUCUGCGCUAUGAUGACGAGACGUCAAGAUGUUCUGCCGAAUUCUGAUUUCCUAGUUCAUUUUUAUUUUGUGAUGCACCUUGGCUUAACAAGUGAAGACCAGGAUAUCUUGAAUACUGUCAUAAAGCAUUGCCCACCUUGGUUUUUCUUCCUGGGUUUGCCUGGCUUUACGAUGCUGAUAGGAGACUUCAUCACGGCAGCAGCCAGAGUGCUGAGCACAGACCUGCUGGAGGCCCCCCGUUCAGAAGCUCAUACCAUCCUUGGGUCUCUUGUUUGCUUUCCAAAUAUCUACCAAGAAAUCCCCCUAUUGCAGCCCAUGUCAGAAGGUGGUGAGGUGAUUGCGGGAAGUGCCGAUGUGAAGUGUUACCUCAUAAAUAUUUUACUGAAGAAUGCUACAGAGGAGCCAAGUGAAGCUGCGAGAUGCAUAGCCAUUUGUGGCCUCGGAAUUUGGAUAUGUGAAGAACUAACACAGUGCACAAACCACCCUCAAGUGAAGGAAGCAAUCAAUGUCAUAGGUGUGACACUAAAGUUUGCUAAUAAACUGGUAGCUCAGGUAGCCUGCGAUGUUCUCCAGCUGCUUGUUUCUUACUGGCAAAAGCUGCAGGAGUAUGAAUCCUCUCUGUCCAGAAAAAUUACUGAAAUCCUUGUGGCCACUAUUGCAUUUCUUCUGCCAAGUGCUGAAUAUUCCUGUGUGGAGGCAGAUAAAAAGUUUAUAGUUUCACUGCUACUUUGCUUGUUGGAUUGGUGUAUGGCAUUGCCUAUGAAAAUGCUGCUGGAGCCAGUGUCUGCUGGUGUCCUUGAAGAUCAGCAUGCAUCCAAAGCUCCUUUACUGGACUACAUUUACAGAGUUUUGCACUGCUGUGUGAAUGGCUCCAGUACGUACACCCAGCAAAGCCAUUACGUGCUGAGUCUUGCGGAUCUGUCUUCUAGUGACUAUGACCCAUUUUUGCCUCUGGGGAAUGUCACGAGCUGUGAGCCAGCCCAGUGCCACUCUGCCACCGAUUUGGGCAACCUGCUCACUGUUGCUGAAGAAAAAAGAAGAAGGAACUUAGAACUAAUACCUUUAACGGCACGGAUGGUUAUGACUCAUCUGGUGAACCAUUUGAGCCACUACCCACUCAGUGGAGGUCCUGCCAUCCUGCACAGUCUCCUCAGUGAGAAUCAUGACAACUCGUACGUGGAAUCCUCCGAGCUGUCAUCAGAAGUCUUCCGGAGUCCCAACCUCCAGCUCUUCGUGUUUAAUGACAGUACUCUCAUAUCGUACCUCCAAAUUCCUGCAGAAAAGAGGAAAGACACUGAGCCAGCAGCAGCCCCCUCGGAUGUAAGGGUAAUUGUCAGAGAUAUCUCAGGGAAGUACUCUUGGGAUGGCAGAAUAUUGUAUGGACCUUUGGAGGGCUGCCUUCCACGGCAGAGUGCAGCAAACUCAUUUGUGGUUUCAGGCAACUCUGAGCACCACUUCAAUUCCCAAAAAGACGUUUCUCAGGUGGAAGAAGGAGAAGAUGCUCUUGACAAAUUGCUGGAGAAGAUUGGUAACACUAGUCCUGAAUGCCUUUUACAUCCUCAGCGGAAGCUGAAUGAGCCAUCGCCACCGCCUUUUGGUAUGAGCUACGACCAAGAGAAUGCAAUCACUGAAGCCCUGAUGAGGCAAAGUGUCCAGGAAAAUGAGUAUAUUUUAAAAUGCAGCUCAGACUUGAAUAUGAAGGUGGCCCGUCAGGAAGAACCACAUCCUGCUGAACCUCAAGCAUCCUUUUAUUUCUGUCGGCUGUUGCUAAAUGACUUAGGAAUGAACUCCUGGGAUAGAAGGAAAAGCUUUCACCUUCUUAAGAAAAAUUCAAAAUUACUGAGAGAACUGAAAAAUCUGGAUUCUCGCCAAUGCCGAGAAACUCACAAGAUUGCAGUGUUUUACAUUGCAGAAGGACAGGAGGACAAAUGUUCAAUACUGUCCAAUGCCAGGGGAAGCCAGGCAUAUGAAGAUUUUGUUGCUGGACUGGGUUGGGAGGUUGAUCUCUCAACACAUGGUGGGUUUAUGGGUGGCCUGCAGCGCAAUGGCAGCACUGGACAGACAGCACCCUAUUAUGCUACCUCUACCGUGGAAAUCAUUUUUCAUGUGUCUACAAGAAUGCCAUCAGAUUCAGAUGAUUCCCUGACCAAAAAGCUUCGUCACUUGGGAAAUGAUGAGGUUCACAUCGUCUGGUCUGAACACAACAGGAACUACCGCAGGGGCAUUAUACCAACUGAUUUUGGAGAUGUUUUAAUUGUUAUUUAUCCGAUGAAGAAUCACAUGUUUUUCAUAGAGAUAAUGAAGAAACCAGAGGUGCCGUUUUUUGGUCCUCUCUUUGAUGGAGCCAUUGUGACUGCAAAGCUGCUGCCAAGCCUCAUAUGUGCCACAUGCAUCAAUGCCAGCAGGGCCGUCAAAUCGCUCAUCCCUCUCUACCAGAGCUUCUACGAGGAAAGAGCUCUGUAUCUUGAAGCAAUAAUCCAGAACCACAAAGAAGUAAUGACGUUUGAGGAUUUUGCCGCUCAGGUCUUUUCUCCCUCUUCCAGCUACUCCCUCGGUGGAACUGGCUGCCUCACCGCCAGCACCGACCUCGCCAUCCCCGCAGGAGCGGAGCCAGCAGAGCUGACCUCGCCGCUGCGCGUUGCCGGGAGCGGGGCAUGCGGGAGGCUCCACCAGCGCUCUCAGCAAGGCUCCCAGCUGACACCCAGCGCCCUCCCGGGAACCCCUCGCCACGCACCUAGCUCUGCUCCUCGCUAUGGAACCCGCCAUUUGGGACGGACGCUUGUUGGAGGGGACGGGCAGCGAGCACUUCUCCCCCUGUGGCACGAGGACACGAAGCAGCACUGAAGCCCACUGCCUCACGUUGUUGCAGAGCACUGAUUUCAGUCAUUCCGUCCAACAAAUUGUGAACUGGGGAGUUGUGACCAAGCGGAACAGAGUUUCCCAAUGACGAGGCACGUGCUGAAUGUGCUCCUGAAGCGUGGGCAAGUGACUGGGUGCUUCUCAGCAUCUGUUCCACCUCUGCCCCCUUCCCAUUUUCAGCAGUCAUCUGAGGCAGUUGUGCACGUAGCAAAGAAUUAGUGAUAAUCAGAGAGGUCAUCUAUCUGAAAUUCAGGAGGGUGCUGCCAGUUCCAUAAAAUGGCAGCACUGCACUGACAUCGCUCCGUUUAAUCGUGCUCUCUCAUUCAGGGUCAUCCAUCACCACCUAUUGUGGAGCGUCUGUCCCCGCGCUCAGUAUGCACAAGCUGGGCUCCCCUCCGUGCUGCUGCUCACAGCACAGGGUGAGCCGUCCCCUGGCUCCACGUGUGUUCUGGAUAGGAGCCCUCUUCCUCGACCCUGCCCUCAGGACUGCUUCAUCCUUGGCAGUAGAAGUGAAGCCCAGCCACGUUUCUUUUGGAAGAGCAAAUGUUGCACAUCUGCCUGACUGCUGCUCACCAGGGUGUGACUGACUGUGGGACAGCACGCUCCCUACGGCACCACUUUGCCUUUUCACAGCACUGGGGCAAUAAUCUGCAAGGGGAAGCAUCUCUGACGCGUUAGAAUAAAAUACAUCUGAAGGCUCUCGGGGACAUGUAGCGUCCUGUUGGCACUUUGUGUAGUAAGCAGAUCUUUUCUUUUGAAUGGGAAAUGUAUUUCACUCUGUGGGUAUCACAGGUUUCCAGGGGUGAAGCUCCUGCUCUAGCUUCAGAUUUGGAUGUUUUGGACAUUGGUGUCUCUGCCCAGUUCCUGGAUGUUGCAUCAGAUACCUCCAGCCUUCCUCGUCCUCCUCAGGUCUCACUCUUGUUGCUUUUUUUGUUCAACUGUUGUUCAAUUUUUGUGUUGUUUUAUUUUUUUAAAUGCCACUUAGCCUUUAAGCGCACGCCUCUGAACUUACUGUGAUGGAUCGAAGCGAGGGGGGCUGAUUCACAAGUGAAGCAACAUGCCCCAUUGGGCUGCCCCGUUUUGCACUUCCCAUGCGUUAACACGAGUGGCUGUUGUCGUGCCACCGCUCCGUGCUGCUGCCCUGUGGAUGCAGAAUUCUGCUCCAGGCACAUACAGUUGCAGCCCUGGUGCCUGGCUCUGUGCAGCAGCCAGGUGACGAGGCGGUGGCACACGGCGAUGCUGCAGGCACAGAGCCCCACGUGCUGAGCACUUGGAGUGCCGCUCCGCCUGCCUCGCCCUUUGGUUUUGUUCUCUACCGAUCAGGGGGGAGGGGGGGGGAGAAAGUAGGAAAUUCAAAUGUGUAUGUUUAUUUAUUUGGUUUUUCACAGCAGAAUACGCGAGGCUGUCUUGUUCUUUAGUUAUCCAGUGGUCUGAAAUCAUUUCAAAGGCGUUCUGAGCAAAAAGAGCCUUUUCUCUUUGGAGCAAUACACAUCUCUCUUUCAGGGAAGAAUUACUAACAAUAAUAUUUUCCUGAUGUCAGAACAACAUGAACUUGUGAAAACUCAGUGGUGGUUGUGUACAGUGCAGUCGGACACGGAGCUGUUCCGCUCCCCCCAGCACCCUGAGCAGGGCGAGGAGCCGUGCCCUGACACCAGAGCUGCCGUCCCAGCCAGGGCACAGCCAGCAACACCGAGAGCUGGGGGAAAACAGGGAGGGCUGUGCUGGGCUGAGCGCUGCGGAGCCACUGCUGAACAUUACACUUAGAGACGGCUAACUCAGAGGAUUCUCAGCUCUUCUAGUGAAUAAAAAUUGAUCACAGAAA